UUUGUCCCGGCGCCGGAGGCUGCCCCAGCCGCCCGCGCGGGUGCCGCCGCCGCCAGCGGAGUGGCCUCCCCGCGUCCCUAGGGCGGUCAGGCUCCGCCAAACAUGUCGGCUCCGGUCGGGCCGCGGGGCCGCCCGGCUGCCACCCCGGCGGCCUCCCAGCCGCCUCCGCAGCCCGAGAUGCCCGACCUCAGCCACCUCACGGAGGAGGAGAGGAAGAUCAUCCUGGCCGUCAUGGACCGGCAGAAGAAAGAAGAGGAGAAGGAGCAGUCGGUGCUCAAGGCCAAAGAAGAGCACAAGCCCCAGCCGACACAGUGGUUUCCCUUUAGUGGGAUCACUGAACUGGUAAAUAACGUGCUUCAGCCCCAGCAAAAACAACAAAAUGAAAAGGAGCCCCAGACGAAACUUCAUCAGCAGUUCGAAAUGUAUAAGGAGCAGGUAAAGAAGAUGGGAGAGGAAUCACAGCAGCAGCAAGAACAGAAGGGCGAUGCUCCCACCUGUGGUAUCUGCCACAAAACAAAGUUUGCGGAUGGAUGUGGCCAUAACUGUUCAUAUUGCCAAACCAAGUUCUGUGCUCGUUGCGGAGGUCGAGUGUCUUUACGCUCAAACAAGGAGGACAAAGUGGUUAUGUGGGUAUGCAAUUUGUGCCGAAAACAACAAGAAAUCCUCACCAAGUCAGGAGCCUGGUUCUAUAAUAGUGGACCUAAUACCCCACAGCAACCUGAUCAAAAGGCUCUCCGAGGACUGCGGAAUGAGGAGGCGCCUCAGGAGAAGAAAGCAAAACUGCACGAGCAGGCCCAGUUCCAAGGACCCUCAGGUGACUUAUCUGUACCUGCCGUGGAGAAAAGUCGAUCUCAUGGGCUCACAAGACAGGAUUCUAUUAAAAAUGGGUCAGGAGUGAAGCACCAAAUUGCCAGUGACAUAGCUUCAGACAGGAAAAGAAGUCCAUCAGUGUCCAGAGAUCAGAAUAGAAGAUACGACCAACGGGAAGAAAGAGAGGAAUAUUCACAGUAUGCGCCUUCAGAUAGCGCAAUGCCUAGGUCUCCAUCGGAUUAUGCUGACAGGCGGUCUCAGCGCGAACCUCAGUUUUAUGAAGAAUCUGAUCACAUAAAUUACAGGGACCCCAACAGGAGAAGUCAUAGGCAUUCCAAAGAGUAUAUUGUCGAUGACGAGGACGCGGAAAGCAGAGAUGAGUAUGAGAGACAGAGGAGAGAGGAGGAAUACCAGGCACGCUAUCGCAGUGAUCCAAAUUUGGCCCGUUAUCCAGUCAAGCCACAGCCCUAUGAGGAACAAAUGCGCAUUCAUGCCGAAGUGUCCAGAGCACGGCACGAGAGAAGACAUAGUGAUGUUUCUUUGGCAAAUGCCGAACUGGAAGAUUCCAGGAUUUCUGUGCUAAGGAUGGAGCGGCCAUCAAGGCAGAGAUCUAUAUCUGAACGUAGAGCUGCCAUGGAAAAUCAGCGAUCCUAUUCCAUGGAAAGAACUCGAGAGGCUCAGGGGCCAAGUUCAUAUCCACAAAGGACCACAAACCAUAGCCCUCCGACCCCCCGGAGGAGUCCAAUACCCAUUGAUCGACAAGACAUGAGGCGGACCGACUCCCUAAGGAAGCAACACCACUUAGACCCUAGCUCCGCUGUGAGGAAAACGAAACGGGAAAAAAUGGAAACGAUGCUCAGGAAUGAUUCUCUCAGCUCCGACCAGUCCGAGUCGGUGCGACCGCCGCCACCGAAGCCUCACAAAUCCAAGAAAGGAGGUAAAAUGCGCCAGGUGUCACUGAGCAGCUCGGAGGAGGAACUCGCGUCCACACCCGAAUACACAAGCUGUGAUGAUGUUGAGAUUGAAAGUGAGAGUGUCAGUGAGAAAGGGGACAGUCAAAAGGGAAAAAGAAAAACUAGUGAGCAGGCAGUUUGGUCGGACUCUAACACCAGGUCUGAGAGACAAAAGAAAAUGAUGUGCUUUGGUGGCCACUCUUUGGAAGAGGAUUUGGAAUGGUCCGAGCCUCAGAUUAAGGACUCUGGGGUAGAUACCUGUAGUAGCACAACCCUUAACGAGGAGCAUAGCCAUAGCGAGAAGCACCCUGUGACAUGGCAGCCAUCGAAAGAUGGAGAUCGCUUAAUUGGUCGUAUUUUAUUAAAUAAGCGUCUGAAAGAUGGAAGUGUGCCUCGAGAUUCAGGAGCAAUGCUUGGCUUGAAGGUUGUAGGAGGAAAGAUGACUGAAUCAGGUCGGCUCUGUGCAUUUAUUACCAAAGUGAAAAAAGGAAGUUUAGCUGAUACUGUAGGACAUCUUAGACCAGGUGAUGAAGUGUUAGAAUGGAACGGAAGGCUGUUGCAAGGAGCCACGUUUGAAGAAGUCUAUAACAUCAUUCUGGAAUCCAAACCCGAACCACAAGUGGAGCUUGUCGUUUCAAGGCCUAUUGGAGAUAUACCUAGAAUACCUGAUAGCACACAUGCACAACUGGAGUCCAGUUCUAGCUCGUUUGAAUCUCAAAAAAUGGAUCGUCCUUCUAUUUCCGUUACCUCUCCCAUGAGUCCCGGCAUGUUGCGAGAUGUUCCACAGUUUUUAUCUGGACAACUUUCAAUAAAACUAUGGUUUGACAAGGUCGGUCACCAACUCAUAGUUACAAUCUUGGGAGCAAAGGAUCUCCCGUCCAGGGAAGAUGGGAGGCCAAGGAAUCCUUACGUUAAAAUUUACUUUCUUCCAGACAGAAGCGAUAAAAACAAAAGAAGAACGAAAACUGUAAAGAAAACGUUGGAACCCAAGUGGAACCAAACAUUCAUUUAUUCUCCAGUUCACCGCAGAGAAUUUCGGGAGCGAAUGCUGGAGAUUACCCUUUGGGAUCAAGCUCGGGUUCGAGAGGAAGAAAGUGAAUUCUUAGGAGAGAUUUUAAUUGAAUUAGAAACAGCAUUGUUAGAUGAUGAGCCACAUUGGUACAAACUUCAGACCCAUGAUGUCUCUUCCUUCCCACUUCCCCAUCCUUCUCCAUACAUGCCCCGAAGGCAGCUCCAUGGAGAGAGCCCAACACGGAGGUUGCAAAGAUCAAAGAGAAUAAGUGACAGUGAAAUCUCUGACUAUGACUGUGAUGAUGGAAUUGGUGUGGUGUCAGAUUAUCGACACAAUGGUCGAGAUCUUCAAAGCUCAACAUUAUCAGUGCCAGAACAAGUAAUGUCAUCCAACCACUGUUCACCAUCAGGGUCUCCUCACCGAGUAGAUGUUAUAGGAAGGACUAGAUCAUGGUCACCCAGUGUCCCUCCUCCACAAAGUCGGAAUGUGGACCAGGGACUUCGAGGGACACGCUCUACUACUGGCCAUUAUAACACCAUUAGCCGAAUGGAUAGACAUCGUGUCGUGGAUGACCAUUAUUCUCCCGACAGAGACAGGGAUUGUGAAGCAGCAGAUAGACAGCCCUAUCACAGAUCCAGAUCAACAGAACAGCGGCCCGUCCUAGAGCGGACCACCGCCCGCUCCAGAUCCACUGAGCGACCCGACACAAACCUCAUGAGGUCGAUGCCUUCAUUAAUGACCGGAAGAUCUGCCCCUCCUUCACCUGCCUUAUCGAGGUCUCAUCCUCGUACUGGGUCUGUCCAAACAAGCCCAUCAAGCACUCCAGUGGCAGGACGAAGAGGCCGGCAACUUCCACAACUUCCACCAAAGGGAACCCUGGAGAGAAAAGACGUGGACCCCACCAGGAGAAGACAUUCAGGUGCUAUGGAUAUAGAGGAGAGAAAUCGCCAAAUGAAAAUUAACAAAUACAAACAGGUAGCCGGAUCAGAUCCCAGACUGGAACAAGAUUACCAUUCAAAGUAUCGAUCAGGAUGGGAUCCUCAUAGAGGGGCAGAUAAUAUUUCCACUAAAUCUUCGGACAGUGAUGUAAGUGAUAUAUCUGCGGUUUCCAGGACUAGUAGUGCUUCUCGUUUCAGCAGCACAAGCUACAUGUCCGUCCAAUCAGAACGGCCCAGAGGAAGCAAGAAAAUCAGUGUCUUUACGUCCAAAAUGCAAAGCCGACAAGUGGGCGCCUCGGGGAAGAACAUGACCAAGAGCACCAGCGUCAGCGGCGACAUGUGCUCGCUGGAGAAGAGCGAGGGCAGCCAGUCGGACACGGCGGUGGGCGCCCUGGGCCCCGGCGGCCACAAGCGGCGCUCCAGCAUCGGGGCCAAAAUGGUAGCUAUCGUUGGCCUCUCCCGGAAAAGUCGCAGCGCUUCUCAGCUCAGCCAGACGGAGGCAGGCGGUAAGAAGCUGCGGAGCACCGUGCAGAGGAGCACAGAAACAGGCCUGGCCGUGGAGAUGAGGAACUGGAUGACCCGCCAGGCGAGCCGGGAGUCCGCCGACGGCAGCAUGAACAGCUACAGCUCCGAAGGAAAUCUGAUCUUCCCUGGUGUCCGCUUGGCGUCUGACAGCCAGUUCAGCGAUUUUCUGGAUGGCCUUGGCCCUGCCCAGCUAGUGGGGCGCCAGACUCUGGCUACACCUGCAAUGGGUGACAUUCAGGUGGGAAUGAUGGACAAAAAGGGGCAGCUGGAGGUGGAAAUCAUCCGGGCCCGUGGCCUUGUUGUCAAACCAGGUUCCAAGACACUGCCAGCACCAUACGUAAAGGUGUAUCUACUGGAUAAUGGAGUCUGCGUAGCCAAAAAGAAAACAAAAGUGGCACGAAAAACGCUGGAACCCCUAUACCAGCAGCUGUUAUCUUUCGAAGAAAGUCCCCAAGGAAAGGUCUUACAGAUCAUUGUCUGGGGAGAUUAUGGCCGCAUGGAUCACAAAUCUUUCAUGGGAGUGGCCCAGAUACUUUUAGAUGAACUGGAGCUGUCCAACAUGGUGAUUGGAUGGUUCAAACUUUUCCCCACUUCCUCCCUCGUAGAUCCAACGUUGGCCCCUCUGACAAGAAGAGCAUCCCAGUCAUCUCUGGAAAGUUCAACGGGACCUUCUUACUCUCGUUCAUAGCAGCUGUAAAACUGUUGUCAUAGCAACCAGCGUUACAAAAAAAAAAAAAUCACAGGUCGCUAACCCUGGUAACACUGCAUGCUUAAUGUUGUGUCUUCUGAGCCUGUUUCUAGGGAUACAAAGCGAUCCUGUGUUCUCAGAGGAAGUCGCACACAUUGUGCCCUAAAGAAGGCCCUCAGGUGAGAGAGCAGCGCGGUGAAGAACUGUCAGGUUUGGAGUUCAGUAACACUCAAAUUUUGGUCCAAUCUGAAGCCAUGGAUUAAUCUCAAAGAAUCAGUCAGUCUCAUGCAACAAAAGCCCUUUUCAAUGGCACCUUUAUCUUUUUACCGUUCCUUUUUCUUCAUUUCUCUGACCCCCAAAGCCCUGCUAUGCCACAGAAAUGGAGUGAGCGAUACAGCCACUAAGCCAUGCGAUAAGUCAAGGAGUGAAGUCUAGGAAGCAUCAGGUGAAAAGCAGGAGACCAGAGCAGUGGUCUGAGGCAGACAGAGCAUCAGGCCUCCCCGGGCAGCGGACGGGGGCAGCCAGGCCAGCGUGCACCGGGGCAGACCUCGGAGCCCCAGCAGCCCUCACUCCCUCACGCCAAGAUGCAUUGGACUGUGGGAAACAAAAUUCUGUGGCUACACUGUACUGAAUGAAAUUAAAGAAACCUUUCUGCAUGGACACAGAUUAGCUGAAUACUUAAGUUAUUUUCUUGGGGCUGCAACUUGCAAAAAAAACCAAACAAACAAAAAAAAAGAAUAAAACUCAGCCAUUUUCAACAAUUUAUAUUAUUUUUAAAAAUAACUUUCACUAGUGCAUGGUUUUAAAAGGGGGCAAGAAUGCAACAGGGUGAUACAAAGACACGCCAUGUUUAUUAUUUAAUCAUAGUCUGUGUUUUGGCAGACAUUACAAAAGAAAAUACUUUCUAGAAGUUCCUUAAAAUUCUCUUUGUGACAAAUAAGUGAAUAUUCCAUUUAUUUCCAUGUUAAAUAUACAUAUCUAAUGAAGUUCAAUAUGUGCAAAUUGUUCACAUCUUUCUCCUUCCUCUUCUUCUCCUCCCUCUUUUAAUCUUUUAUUUUCUUUCCUCUACCAGAGUGAACAUUAUUCUAAACAAUUACCAGUUUUUGACCUGAUACUCUCUUGUACCCCAGGUUUGAUUCAGAGCUGUCGAUACUUCUGAAUUUAUGAAUUUCUCAAGGGGAAAAAAUUUAAGAGCUUUCUGUAUUUCAAGCAUGUUGGAAAGGAUUUUGCAACAUGACUUGGGAGUGCACUAAAGUAAGUCAGCAUGUAUUUGAUAAGGAAGAUAGUUGAACUUUUGCAAUGUGUUGUCCAGUGAGUGCAUGGUAAUUUUAUUUUCGCCUUCCAAGUUUAGUUUACAGGAAAAUUCUAAAAUCAUGUGGCCAUUGUAAUGUCCAGUGAAUUUGUUGUUAGCACCAGCAUUAUUCAUACAGGGGUUAAACUAUUAUUUCUACAAGGUCUUGGGUUUCGCUUUUUAAUUAAUUAAAGCAAUUUCUUUAGCCAGUUUCCAUUUACUAUGUGAAUAGAAACACUGCUAAAACUUUGAGGCCCUGGAACACAGGGCUGUUUAUUAAUUCAUUUUUUUUCUGUCGUAAAAUUCAAUUUUUCACAAAUUGUAUUUCUAAAUAAAUAGAGUAAACAUGAAUUUGCAACAAAUAAUUUUAAAGCUCCAAUUUUUAGAUGACUCAAAGGCGGUCAUUCUGCCUAUUCAUAGUUCUUUGAUGCCAUCACCAAAAGUCCACACACAAAUCCCAAGUCAGACCCCUGCCUUUGAUUUUACAGACAGUUAUUGCCAUUGGGUGGUGCUACGAGGUCAGAUUUCUCUUAAAGGCCCCCUGUGUGGCGGAAAACUCGCUGGUUAACGUAAUAAACCACCCGGACUUCCUGUUUCUUUAUGUACACGCUGUCACACAGAGGUUGAUUUAAUCUCUUGCAAUGACUAUUGAAAUCCACACCCAUGUCAUUUCUUUAAGGCCAUGCACAAAAAUUGCUCUUUUUUUUCUUUCUCUCUUUUUAAAUUGAGUGGUGACCAUUUAAAACUGUCAUGCUUGCUAUGGUGCAAAAGUUAAAAUGAGUAUCACUAAAAAUGCCUUCUCUUUAUGUGGUGCGAUAUGAAAUAACACCGAGAUUGUGUCUUGGCAUUCUGAGAUCUGUGAUGGCCCCGGGCAGAGUCGUUCAGAAAAUGAGUAGAACUUGACUGAAGUAAUCUAGACACCUGUGUACCAGCAACAAUUGGUUUCAUAGACCUACAGAGUCUGUCCUCUCCCUUAGAAUAAAUGUUUACCAUUCCCCUGACACUAAGACGCGGUCACAUAAUCUUUUGUGUAUAUUCCUAUAUAAAUUCUUUCUAAUUUUAAUAAGAAGGACAUGACUGUAUGGAAUAUUUGUACAUACGCGUCAUUGUGCAGUAUUUAUUUAAAAGUUGGUGUAUUUUUUUUUUAAUUUUCACAUGUCUGCACCUCGACUUGUGGUUUAGUCAUGUAAAUAGCACUAUUCCAGUGACCAUUGCUGCCCUGUACAUAGUAUGUUUUAAAACUAAAGGGAAUUCCAGUUGGAAAAUAAAAAAAAAAUAAAAAGGGCAGAUUAGUCCUGUAAAGAACACCAACUAAUGUAAAUCAAACUCAUUCUGGUGAUGGUAUUUAACACUUUAAAUAAAACAUUUUCUUUACA